AUGGGUCUGUGGACCAACGGCUCCUCCGGGGACUCCACCUCCGCCUCCAACCUCAGCCGCGCCGCCCCGCUGGAGCUGAGCCGGGCGGUGCCGGUGGGCAUGGUGCUGGCCUUCUUCAUCGGGUUCGCCAUCGCGGGGAACAUCCUGGUCAUCCUGUCGGUGGUUUGUAACCGACACCUGCGGACCCCCACCAACUACUUCAUCAUCAACCUGGCCAUCGCGGACCUGCUGCUGGGGACCACCGUGCUGCCGGUGUCCGCCACGCUGGAGGUUCUGGACCACUGGGUGUUUGGGCGUAUCUUCUGUGACGUCUGGGCGGCGGUGGACGUGCUCUGCUGCACGGCGUCCAUCAUGUCUCUGUGCGUCAUCUCUAUCGACCGGUACAUCGGCGUUCGAUACCCGCUGCAGUACCCGUCCAUCGUCACAGAGAAGCGGGCGCUGCUCGCCAUGCUGGCCGUGUGGAUCCUCUCCAUCGUCAUCUCCAUCGGCCCGCUGCUGGGAUGGAAGCAGCCGCCCUCACAGGACGACUCGGUGUGUCUCAUCACCGAGGAGCCCUUCUACGCUCUGUUCUCGUCCCUCGGCUCCUUCUACAUCCCGCUGGCCGUCAUCCUCGCCAUGUACUGUCGGGUCUACGUCGUGGCCAAGCGGACCACCAGGAACCUGGAGGCCGGCGUGAUGAAGGAGCGUAUGCAGGACUCCAAUGAGCUCACCAUGAGGAUCCACCGCCGGAACCAGCCGGCCCCGGAGACUGGCCCCGCCCCCUCGGCCGCGCGCAGCGCGCUCACCCUCAAGCUGCUCAAGUUCUCCAGAGAGAAGAAGGCGGCCAAGACGCUGGGCGUGGUGGUCGGCAUGUUCAUCCUCUGCUGGCUGCCCUUCUUCCUGGCUCUGCCCAUCAGUUCCUUCAGCAGCAGCCUUCGUCCUCCUGAAACUUUCUUUAAAGUUAUCUUCUGGUUGGGUUACUUCAACAGCUGCCUGAACCCCAUCAUCUACCCCUGUUACAGCAGGGAGUUCAAGCAGGCCUUCCUCCGGAUCCUGCGGUGUCGCUGGAAGAAGAAGCGUCCUCGCUGGCAGACGUCCUACCGCCAUCGGCAGCAGCAAAGCUCAGGCUCCUCCCCCUUCCUGAGCGCCAGCCAGCAGACGCUGUCCUCCCUCAGCCGCAGCCAGUGCUGCGUGGCCUCCAGGCUCCGCCCCUCCUGCGACCGAGACCCCCCCGCUGGGCCCACGGGUAGGAGUCGCCCGCUGUCGCCGCUGGCCAGGGACGCCGGGGCGCCGCCGGGCGGUUGUCAUGGCAACGGUCCAUCGGAAGAGUCACCGGCAGUGGGAGGAAGUUCUCUUUCGAGACUCGCAGAGGAACAGGUCACAUGAUCCGAACCUGUGAAAUGGCUCCUAAACAUCGUUUAACUAGUUAAAGCAAACUGUGAGACAAUGUGACGCUGUUUAUUUUAUUUUAGAGGUUUUAAAAUCCUUCAAGCAAUGAACUAGUUAUAAUUCCUUAGAACCAAUGACCUGCGUCACUUCUCUCACUCUGAACCAAGUGGAGCUUUAUUUUGAAAACGUUCUCCUCAGUUUGAUCACAGCGGCUCCUGGUGGACGUCAGAGGAGCUGCAGCUCGUUGUGACUCUGCUUAGCUACCACAUGCUGUGUCACUUUAAUUAGGCCGUAGAGUUUGAAGUGCUGUAUUUAAAGAUAAUCAUUUGAAUGGUUUAAUGUUUCCGUUUCCCCGUUUUGUUGCCCCCGAAAUAUCGUCUAACAUGAAUUACAAUGUUAAUAAAGCAUUACUUUAUUACUGGGUAAACAGGAUUAAAUCAAGAGAGAAG